AUGGCCUCGCGAAUCCCGCCCCUCCUCGAGUCCUACCUCGGCCUCCCACAAGAAGCCUCGCUCAUCCUCCUGAGUGGAGUGCUGGGAUCGACCACCAACUGGCUCGUCCACCGCUAUUUGUACUCCCUGCUCGCUUCCUCCCCUUCCUCUUCCUCAUCCUCCGCCUCCUCCCCCUCCCUUCCCACACCACGAGGUGCGGAAGACGAUGGCGGAGCGCAGCAUGGUGUCAACGUCGUUCUCGUAAGUUUCAUGCGCGACUAUGCAUUCUGGAAGGACGGCGCCGGAAGGCUAGGUCUUGAUCUUGACAUGUCGGCGAAAAGGGGCAGUUUUGCCUUUGUCGAUGGUCUCAGUGGUCUCUUCACCAGUGCUUCGCCCAGCCAUGAAGCAAGACCCUUGAUGGCGAAUGGGCCUGGAAGGAGGGUGCUGUCUGCUGCUACACCGCAGCACUUGCGCACGGAGCUGGAGGAUGCCGUGGCUCAGGUCCAAGCCGCCGGCCCGGGACUACAGACUGUCUUCAUUGUCGAUCAAUCGGAUCUGCUGUUGGCCGCUUCCGGUGACGACAUGUCAAGCAACGAGCUACGAGAGGUACUGCUACAGGUACGAGAGAAGGUGCAUUCGACCAUAGUCACAUUGUCUGCCGAUGAACCCCUGAUCGCCUCGCAGACGACAUCACUGGAGAAACAGCACGCGUCGCUGGUCUUGUCACUGGCCCACGAAGCGCAACUCGUCAUGAGUCUGAGGAUGCUGGAUACGGGUACGGCAAGGGACGUAAGUGGCGUGUUGAGGAUCACGCCCGGAGGGGAAAGUAGCGACUCGAGCACACCAGUCGAGGAACGGGAGCUGUUGUACCUGGUGGGAGGAGACGGCGGCGUUCGAGUAUUCGAGCGAGGCCAGUAG